AUGGAUGGUGACCCAAAACGGAGACGCCUGGAUCCUCCCGAAGAUGCCCUCCACGAUUACUUCCACGUUCCACGACGGCCUCAGCUGCAUCCCCCGCCGCUUCAGUCCACCCUCGCUCCGCGGCUUCAUCCAGUUGAGGGCACGGGCCAUGCCUACCGGCCUUACGAGCCGCCGGUCAUGCGCCACCGAGCUGAAGACUCAUGGCCUCCAGGGCCGAGAUAUCGCGUGCAGUGCGUACUGGGAAAGGGAACCUUUGGCACAGUCUGCAAGGCGAUGGAGCUCCGCAGCCAACGGACUGUUGCCAUAAAGACAGUUGCCCUGAACGGGGCUGGCAGAGAGAUGGAAGUCCUUCGGCGUCUCAAUGGUAGCCCCAACGUUGUGCUGCUGCUUGGGAUCUUCGAGGGCGUCGAGGACGCCGCGAUGGAGCGUCAGCAGGUCCGCACAGUGAAUUUCGUACUGGAGUACAUGUCGGACACCUUGGGGCGCAUCAUCAAGCAUCAUCGUCAGCAGGGUACGGACAUGGACUUCCAUCGUGUCCGUGUCUACAUGUACCAGCUGUUGCGUGGUCUCGACAGCCUGUACAGACAUGGCGUGGUACACCGCGACAUUAAGCCGGCUAAUCUGCUUGUGGACCCUGCAACGUACACCUUGAAGGUUUGUGACUUUGGAACGGCAAAGUGGGUCAACACAUCCGAGGUAUCACAAGCAUACGUUUGUUCGCGUUUCUAUCGUGCUCCGGAGCUGAUUCUGAGUGCUCGUGAACAUACCUCCAGCGUGGACAUGUGGGCUGCUGGCUGCGUUCUUGGGGAAAUCCUCCUUAAGCAGCCACUCUUUGCGGGGAAGGACGGAAUAGACCAGCUGUUCAGAAUCAUUGAGAUCAUGGGAACUCCAACUGCUCAGCAGCUCUACGCCAUGAAUCCCUACUACGAUGCAGGAGCCAUCUUCACGCAAGUCCCGGCCCUGAAGUGGAGCAAAGUUCUGCGCGAGCGAUGGACUGCCGAGGCAGAGGAGAUUCUAGGCCACAUGUUGCAGUUUGAUCCGAGAAAGCGACCUCGUCCGAUGGAAGCCAUGGCUGCGCAGUUCUUUGGCGAGCUGCGUCGUCGGCCGAAGAGUGUCGUUGAUACCUCAGAUUGCUAUGCAGAGCAACAUGCUCAAAAAAGCCGUGCGCACAUUUUGACUAGCUCAAGCCGUGUAGAUCAUGUGCCCCUGCGACUGCGUGCUCCUUGUUUAGAUGGAGUUGCGUGCUAG